UUUUAAUGAAUUAUUGAAAUUCAAUAGAUCCAAAGGUAUGGAGGCUGCUUAAAACAUAAUUUAGGUACAGGAAGAGGUAUUUUAAUAUGAACUCGCCAAAAACAGAACAAGAUAGUUAUGAAUUCCUUGACAAUUCACUAAGCUUAAAUUAUAUGCAAGAAUCUAAAAUGAAUCAUCGUCAAAACAUUAAGGACGCAUGAGCUUAUACCCACAGUAAUUCUCAGAGCAAACCUAAAAAGUAUUUCUUUAACAAGAGCCGGAAUGCUGAAUCAAACAUUAAGUUUGAGUCAACAUAAAAAUACAUGAAAUUCUGCCAAAUUUUGAUAUCUCUAAACACUCGAUGUUGAAGCUGCAUCAUAAAAAUCCUUAUAAUAUGUAUGAUACUUUUAUUCGAAAGAGAAGAAAGAACAGUAAAGCUGCUCUUGACUCUUCAAUGAAUGAGAUACUCAAUAUACGGAAUCUAGAUUGUAAAAAUAAGAAUGAGAUGAUAGAAGAAAAACUUUUGUGUGACUUGAGAAGGAUGGGAGAAGUGAGCACGGGAGAAUAUGAUUUAAGCAUGAGAGAAAGGUAAGGUUUAGGAGCAGGAAUUGGAUUUAAGGUGGUUUGUUGUGAGUCCUAUAUCCAUUCGGAAGAAGGUGAAGGAGUCAAAAUAAGAAACCCCAGGCAAAGAGAAGAGAUUUUAAUCUCAGUGUUUCUAAUUUCGGUAAAUUCAGUCAAAACAGACUGGCAAAGGCUAGAGAUAAUGGCUUGGAAGAGUUUAAAUAGAAAACAUGCAUUUUCAGUAAACUUUGGAAAGCAUAAGUCGUCUUUGAAAGUCCUUCAAUCAACUGGAAUAGAGAUUUAUCAAGCGAGAGCUCCAAGUCAUAAAAACAAGGUUAAAGGAAAAAGUAGCAGAAAUCUGUUUUGAGCAAGUGUGGAUAACAGAGCUUUCAGAAAUAAAAAUAUAGAGUUUGAAAAUGAUGCAGGAGAUACUAAAGAUACCAGAAUCACUACAUCAUGCAAGAAACCUGUUGAUAAAGGUCCGAGGGAUGGAGUCAUGCUGAUAGAGAAGAAGAGAAGGUAUCUAGAUAAACUCCCUCUGAAUGAAGAAGAUAAAAUGGCUAUCAUAAAGCAUCACAUGAUGAAAAAGAAUUUGAAAUAACCAUAGAAUUAGAAAAGCUAUAUUUACCAAGAAACCCUCAAAUAUUCAAUUACAGCCGGUUAAGAGCUUGGACAUGUAUAAAGACUCUCCAUUGCCUAAAGACCUUUUUCUGACUUCACAAUCAGCUAUUAUCUCAAAAAUACAGUUUUGAAAAAUACGGAAUAGGAGGGAUGUAUUGCCGCCUUCGAUAGUGUCACAGCUGAACCACUUGGAUGUAAGCAAUCCGUUGCCAUUCUUCUUCAAGAAUAAUUAAACUAGCUGGUUUGGCAUAGAAUAUUUCAUUA